AUGGAUGCUGCUGCCACUACUCAUCCAAACAAGAGCAACUCUUUUUUAGGAAAUGACGGCGCCAGGAUCAAAUCGGAAUCUGGCCACUUCGCCGGAUCAGAGCUUACUCCGGCGACCUCGCCGGUGGCGGCGCAGAGAUCUUGCUUUUGUUUGAUUAUCCCUAUCUACCGUAUUUCAGCAUAUUCUUCUCCGGUGAGCGGUGAUGGCUGCUGCUCUACUCUGCUCGUUGGUGGUGACAGAGAGUUCAAUGUCAAUGGAUUUGAAAAGUUUACAAAAUUCACAGAGUUCGCUAAAGUUGGACUUUCUUAUCUUGUCGUCGCCAUUAUCGGCCCACAAAGUAGUGGAAAGAGCACACUACUAAACCAUUUAUUUCACACCAACUUUAAAGAGAUGGACGCUUUUAGAGGAAGGUCUCAAACAACAAAAGGUAUUUGGGUGGCAAAAUGUCCCAUCAUUGACCCUUUUACUCUUGUUAUGGACAUGGAGGGUACAGAUGGGAAAGAACGAGGAGAGGAUACAGCAUUCGAGAAGCAGACUACUCUUUUUGCCCUCGCUGUGGCAGAUGUAGUGCUCAUUAACAUAUGGUGCCAUGACAUUGGCCGUGAGCACGCUUCAAAUAAGCCUCUCCUACACACUGUGUUCCAGGUGAUGAUGCGAUUGUUUGGGCCUCAUAAGACAACCCUGAUCUUUGUCAUCCGUGAUAAGACAAAGACGCCACUGGAGAAGUUAGAAAGCCAACUUCGGAAUGACAUUCAGAAGAUAUGGGAGUCUGCUCAUAAGCCUGAAGCCCACAAGGAAACUCCACUGAGUGAAUUUUUCAAUGUUGAGGUUGUUGCGCUUUCAAAUUACGAAGACAAAGAAGACACAUUUAAAGCGGAGGUUGCUUGCAUGAGGCAGAAAUUCUUCCAUCAUAAUAAACUUGCUGGAGAUCGACAGGCGGUAGUUCCCGCUUCAGGAUUUUCUUUGAGUUUACGGGAAAUUUGGGAAAAAAUAAAAAAAGACAGAGAUCUUGAUAUUCCUUCCAUCAAGGUCAUGGUGGCUACUGUACGUUGUGAAGAGAUUGCAAAUGAGAAGUAUUCUGCUUUUGCAGCAAAUGAGGAGUGGAUUCAGUUGAAAGUGAUCUCAGUUCAUCCUGGUGGCUUUGGAAAUAAGCUGAGUUCAAUGAUUGAUACUUGUAUAUCGGAGUAUGAUGAAGAGGCUACACAUUAUGAUGAAGACCAAAUUGUGUUUGUUAUUCCUUUGAUUGUGGUUGAUACAAUUUCUGUCAUGACUCAUGCUCUAAUCUGCCAUGCAUGUCGAUCAGGGAUGUACACAUUUUACAGUGAGCUUGUUCAACCUGCAUUCGAAGAUCAGCUGGAACUUAAAAGUUCUUCUACUCUGGAUAAGUUCAAGGAAGCAUUUGAUAAGUCCUUGAACGGGGUCAUCAAGGGAUUUUCUGUGACUGCUCGUAAUUUCACCGAGUCUUUUAUGGCUCAAUUUGACGAAGACUGUGCAGAUGUUAUCAAACAAGCGAACUGGGACACAUCUAAAGUAAGGGAUAAACUUAGACGUGAUAUAGAAGCCCAUGUUGCUUCAGUUCAUGCUGACAAGAUAAAGGACCGUUGUGAGGUGAAGUUGAGGGAGCUGUUAUCAGGACCGGUGGAAGUCCUUUUGAAGCAAGCUGAUAAUACGACCUGGCCCACAAUAAGAAUACUUCUUCAAGAGGCUAAAUCAGCUUUCUCUGGGAGCGCUGCUGCAAUUUCUGGUGUUGACAUGGAUGAACAAACCAAAGCCAAAAUAGAUGCAAGUCUAGAGAAAUAUGUAAGACGUAUGGUUGAAGAUAAAGCAAAGGAAGAGGCUGGAAUGGUCCUCAUGCACAUGAAGGAGAGGUUUAAAACAGAAUUUAGCGACGAUUCUAAUUCAAUCCAACGUGUUUGGAACCGGCGGGAAAAUAUUGGAGCGAUUGCCAGAACUGCUCAUUCUUCAUCCCUAGAAGUGCUUUCUGUUAUGGCUGUGAUCCGUUUGGAUGAUGAUAAUGAUGGUGAUAAAGUACAGCCUACUUUAUGCAGUGCCUUACUGGAUAAAGAUAUGAGUACCACAACAUAUGACCCACUGGCUUCAAAUACUUGGGAAGAGGUUCCACCAUCAAAAACAUUGAUCAUACCUCUUAAAUGCAAAGAGUUGUGGGAGGAAUUCAAGGAAAACACCAAGCACAUUGUUUCGAAGGCCAUAGCUGAACAGGAGGCCAACGCGCGUUUUCAACUACCUCCUUGGGCAACUUGCUGUUUGAUUGUCGUGGGAUGGAAUGCCAUUAGGAGACUAAUAAGAAAUCCUUUGUAUCUUGGGUGUGGGUGUCAUCCUUGUUGCUUUUUUACUCGUCACGCCCCUAUUGUGCUGGUUUGCCACUAGGGAUCUCUGGUGAGGGUAAAGAGUGAGAACACAACUAUAUAGUGGGCUUGGCGGUAUGCUCUUGGAGAAAUGGUUGCAGCGCCCCGAUAGACUUUAUUUGAAUCAACCAACAAAAACUAAAAACUAAAAAAAUAUUUAAGUGACCUCAAUACCACUGGUUUUGAAUACUAGAUUGGAAUUGUUGUACUGUUGUAUUAUUAAUUAUGAAUUUUGUUUUGUACUGUAACAAGGGACAAGUAUAUGUGUCGUAUUGUAAUUUUGAAUUUUAUUUUGUAUUGUUAUUUCUUGUUCUGAAUUGAAGACUACAACUAUUAGCUAUCAUAAUAAACUUAUUUAUUUUAGUUUCUGUAA